AUGGGUCGAAGAUCGCAUCGUGCUAGGGCGAAGAAAGCGUCGCAAGGAACAGUUCCACCACCUGCGACCGUUAAUUCGCCUGUUGUACAAAUGAUGCCUUCUGUUCAGUUUGUGGCUCGUCAAUUGUCCGAGAUUCCACCUCGGAUACUUGAAGAGUUUGCUCCAGAAUGCUCCUAUGAUAGUAUUGUUGCAAUUGUCAAUUCGCAUCGCUUGAUUCUUCUAUCGCUCGAUAACGCUGUUAAAUUUAUGGAAGAAUGCUUGGUCACCUUUAAAGGGGUUCACUGGUUCAAGGGUAAUUAUGUUUAUUUGGCAGCAUGGAGAGCGGAAUUGUUCCAUUGUUUGACGGCGAUCACGGUUCAUAGAGAAGUUCUCCAGGAGGAAAUUUUUCCUCACUUUUUUGAUAACAACGUGGACCGUGACGAGUUUUGUACUGCGUUAGAGUUACAGAAAGUCUCCGUGGACACACUUCUACCUCUGCUUCGCCGUACAUCUGCCAUUUGUGCGCACCUCACGAGAUUGAUUCGCUGGAUCGAGUUUCACCAACAGGCGCUCCUUCAUGAUCACCGCGAUGCUGAUCCAGAGGCGGUUAAUCUCAUGACGUGCUAUGGAAUGGGGAUUAUGUCGUCUUACGAGGAAGAUUCCGUUCCGGAAUACCUCGAAUGGUGGAGAAAGAAGUAUGACCAGGAGUACAGAUCAAACAAAAGAUUCCGUCGCCUUACAGUGGAAAGAGUAGAGCAGAUUAUUGUCGAGUCUGUCCCACUUCAAUCUGCUGAGGCAUCAAACGUUGGACCUGGAAGGCCCAGUUUAAGUCGGGAGGCUUCGGACCUAAAAAUCCCGAACCCUCCUCGGGUCGACUACAGCAACAGGAGCCGACACCUUCAUCUAGACAUUCCGCAUAACAAUCGCCAGCUAUUACUCGACCCUUCGAUGGCGCUCCUUUCUCUCUGA